AUGGCCACUCCUCGCAUCACAUGCCCCUAUCUCGACUCGUACGUCGGCCGCAACGUCAUGCUGGUCGGCAAGGUCACCCAGCUGAGGGGCGACUCGGCCACUCUUGAUGCGGACGGCAAUGUCACUGCCCUUUUGAAUCCUGAAGCGCAUCUGGCGACCGGCAAUGCGGCCCAGAUCAUCGGCAAGGUGAACCCGGAUCUCUCCAUUAAGGCACUUAGCUCUUUGGACCUCGGCAGCGGAGUCGAUAUCCCACUGUAUCAGACCGUCGUCGAGGUGUCUCAUCAAUAUAAAGAGCUGUUUGCAGACGCUGCCUCCGGCCAGUGA